AUGGUUUUGUCUCUCGUUCACCUCCCAGAAGAGAUCCUUCAUUCCAUCCUCUGCCACUCCCCUCCGGCCUCGGCCGCUGCCCUGGACCAAUGCAGCCGCCGCUUCAAUCAUGUAACCAACGAGCCCUUGCUAUGGCGUCACUUCUGCGAGACUCAUUAUCAAUUCUGGGAUCGGAGGCAUGACUUGCCCCGGAAACUCGCCAGCCCUGUAUCGUCAGUAGACUGGAAGACGCUCUUCGUGUCAAGAUACCGAGUCGACCGUUCGGUCACCCGGCUCCUCGACAGUACUCUGGCCUCUCAGACAGGGCGAAUUGACAAGUUUCGGGCCGUCAUUGACUAUGGCUACGAUGCCAAAGAUACCCUGUGGCGAGAGAGCCGAGUGGAAACGGGAGAGGAUCAUCUGGCGAGAAGGUACUAUGCUCGAGCGCUAUUGACCUUCCUCCACCGGAGUAUUGCUGUGCCAGAAUGGGCCAAACUCCGGCGCGGGGAGCCGGUGUCGCUCGAUCGAGCGUUGGGCUGUUUUGAUCUAUUUGUGCCGGAGACUGGGUGUGGCGACCUGGACGAGGUGAGUGCUCCCCCAAUGCUUCGUGGACUCAAUCUCACACCGGCCCAGAUCAAGUGCUCACUGGAUGAGAUUAUGGAGCGAUUCGUCUCCUCCCAUCCAGAUUUCAGUCUCCUAAGCCCCCGUGACCAGGCACUGGCCAUUGCAUCGUGGCUGCGGUCGAAUGAGUUCACGGGCAUUGAGCCAGGGCGAGAGUAUUAUUCUUUGGAGCAUAACUUCCUUGGAUUAGCCUUGAAAAGCCCGGGACACAACUCACUUCCACUGAUCUCAGCGGCGAUAUACUGCUACGUGGCCCGGGGGCUUCACCUGGAUGCCCGGCCUUGCGGGUUUCCGUUCCAUGUGCAUGUCAUCAUUCGUCCACAGCCGGGGUGUGAUAUGAAUGGCCGCACUCUGGCGGAGACGGAGGAAGAAGACGCGAUGUAUCUGGACCCGUUUCGGGGUGCCCGAGAGACCCCCGUUUCAGAGCUACGAAACCAACUGACCUUCCUUGGGGCACCCAGCACGCAUCAGCCCGCCCUUUUGGGGGAUUCCCCGGCCUCGGACAUAAUUCUGCGCUGCGGCAAAAACAUCUUGAACUCGGUCUAUUCCAUGCCUCAUUCCAGCUCUAACACCACUCCCGUAGACAUGGUCAGUGCCAAAUAUGCUGCGCUGUGGUCAAUCAUGCUCCUCUCGGGCGAUGCUCGGCGGAUGGACCUCCGGCACCAAUUGCCGUUGCUUAUGGAAAUGUUUGCCACUGAUUUUCCCUCUGAUAUUUUCUUGGUGGAGCAGUACAUCGUGCCUCUCUUUGACGGCCUCUUUGAACAUGAACACAUAUUGGAGAGUCUUCACGUUAUGCGAGCAGUGGAUGAGAUUCCCAAGCAGGUUCGAAAACGCAGCGCAGGGAACAAACAUAUCCGGUACCGGGUGGGCCAGGUGUUCCGGCAUCGUCGGUACAGAUAUCGAGCCAUCAUCACUGGUUGGGAUUCGGAAUGCGGCGCUGGAGAGCAGUGGAUGAGAAGAAUGGGCAUUGAUCGCCUCCAGGCUGGUCGGCACCAGAGUUUCUACCACGUGCUUGUGGAGGAUCGGAGUGUUCGCUAUGUGGCGGAGGAGAAUAUCGAACUCAUCCAGCCGCAUGUCAGCGAACUGCCGGAGAGCCUGAUGGCCAUUGCCGGGAAGCACUUCAAGCGAUGGGACGAAGAUUCCAGGACCUUUGUGAGCAAUGUGCGCGAUGAAUACCCGGAGGACUGA